AUUGAAAUUAUGGUAUAAGUUUUGACAGUUACAAUACAAGAGUGAUCAAUAGUAAAUUUCAAUUUAAAAUAUACGAUUUUAAUUAGCUCUUAAUAUGUUUCAUUGAUUCAAAAUUUUUGUCAAAAAUUCAAGUAAAAAUGAAUUGUCAUUUUCGAUCUAUAUAUCGUUGUUUUUCUAAAGCUUCAAUAGAUAUAUCACCUGAAGUAAAGAAUGCAUUAAAUAAUUGUAGACCAGUGAUAGCUUUAGAGUCAGCCGUCAUUACACAUGGGUUACCUUAUCCACAUAAUAUCAGUACCGCAUUAGAAAUGGAAGAUAUCAUAAAAGCUCAUGGCAUUGUUCCUGCUACAGUUGCUGUAGUUGAUGGUCAAGUAAAAGUGGGUUUAGUUUCUGAACAAAUAAAUUUGCUUGGGAUUCCUUCUGAAAAAAAAACAGUAAAAGUCUCUAGAAGGGAUUUUCCUUAUGUUCUUAGUCAAGGUUUAAAUGGUGGAACAACUGUGUCUGGAACGUUGGUCAUUGCUAAAUCAUUAGGCAUUAAAAUUUUUGUUACUGGUGGUAUUGGUGGAGUACAUAUUGAUGGUCAAAAUUCACUUGAUAUCAGUGCUGAUUUAUUGGAAUUGUCAAAGUGCAAUAUAAUGGUUGUAUCAGCUGGUGUUAAAUCUAUUUUAGAUAUUGGGCGAACUUUAGAAUAUCUUGAAACUGUUGGUGUUUGUGUUGCUUCUUAUAACUCUGAGGGUGAAUUUCCAGCAUUUUAUACAAAGAAAAGUGGGUAUAAAACUGUAUGUGAUGUAAAAUCACCUGUUGAAGCAGCUAGACUUUUAGAAAAUUGUCAAAAUACAGGUUCUGGUAUUUUAUUGGCUGUCCCUGUUCCCGUGGAAAAAAUAAAUAAGAAAGAUAUUGAUUUAGCAAUUCAAAAUGCAUUACAAAUAUGCAAUGAGAAAGGAAUUCAUGGUAAACAUAUUACACCUUUUGUUUUAAGUGAAAUCAAUAGGGUUACCGCUGGACUGUCAAUGGAAACUAACAUAUUAUUAUUGAAAAAUAAUGCUACUAUUGGCAGUAAAAUUGCAAAUGAAUACUACUCAAAAAAUGUAAAAAAAAAUCAAAACCAAAUAAAUAGCCUAGCAAUACUCAAAGAAAAAAAAAUAAAUUCACCUGUUGUUAUUGGUGGAAGUAAUGUUGAUUAUGUACUUCAGGUUAAAGAAGACAUUAAGUUAGAUGGAAGAAUGUUGGAUGGUGAUAUCAAACGGGUAAGUGGAGGAGUCGGCAGAAACAUUGCAGACGCUUUGAGCUUAUUUGGACACAACGUCUGUUUUAUGUCGGCUAUUGGUACAGACUUUAACGGAGAUCUAAUACGCUCUUCGCUUAGCCACGUGAAUACGGAUAACAUUCUGACGACGGACAAGACUACAGCGUGGUGCAUAGUUCUUCACAGUCAACUGGGUGAUUGUGUAGCAUGUAUAGGAGACAUGAGUUGCCACCAACUGAUAACAGUCGACAUGAUAAAACUUAAUUUAGAUUCCUUGUACCAAUGUCCUUUGGUUGUCAUGGAUGGUAACUUAAGCAAGGAGACAAUGGAAUUUGUAAUUGAAUUUUGCAACGAAGAAAACAUACCGGUUUAUUUCGAACCUACGGACAUAGCGGUGGCCGCCAAGCCUUUUUGUACGGACAAGUGGAAAGGGCUUUCUUUUAUUUCACCAAACUUGAAGGAGUUGGAGUUUAUAUCGGACGCCUUAGAUAACGAAGAACGUGCAAAUUUCCCUAUUAAAGUUAGCGUUAAAGGCGGCAACGACAAUACUGUUUUAUGCGCUGAAACAAUAAAUAGUUUAAAAGAUGUCGUUUGUAAGCUAAUACUUCACAUUCCUGUUAUUAUGGUGACACUCGGUGACAAAGGACUGUUGAUGGCUUCAAGGCAACCGGAUGACACAAUAUCUAUGGUACACUACCCACCUCUACAACAAUUACAACCUGUCAGCGUGUCAGGAGCCGGAGACUGUUUAUGUGCUGGUUAUAUUUCUGGAAUUUUACAAGGAAAGUCCCAAGAUGAAUCCAUUGCAAUGGGUUUAAACGCUGCAAAUAUUGCACUAAUGUCAAAUUCUCCAGUCCCUAAUAAGCUGAAGGUGUAAAUAAUUGUUAACAAUUAUAUGUUAACAACACAAAAUAUUAAUAAUUUUUUUUACUUAAAAUAAUAUAAAGGUAUGAUAGUUGUAUAAAAAUAUUCCAUAAUCCAAUUUUUAUAUAUAAAAAAAAGUUAUUAAAAAAGUAGAUAUUUGUUCAAAUUCAUUUGUUCUUCAAUGUUUCAUAUUUACAAACUACAGAAAACAUGUCACCGCCCAAACGCUUAGCUAACCAUCUAUUUUUGAUGAUAGCAAGCUUCAAAGAAUCACAAGUAAAUUGAGCAUCAAGGUUAGUAUGAACGGCUCGACCCAUUCCUUCCAAUACAAUUAAAUCUACUGAGUUUAAUUCAUUGGCUAACUCUCUCCCUAUUCGACUGAAAAAAUAUAAUAUUAAAAAAAAUUGUUUUAUAAUUACAGUAAGAAAAUAUAUAAAUAUUCAUUGAAAAUAAAUAAAAGCUUAAUAUACAGGUGUUCAGUAAGUCAGGAAAUGGGUUUCUAUUGUUCUCAUUGUUUGUAACAAUUGACCUGUUUCCUUACUUACUGAACACCCUGUAUAAAUGAAAAUCUUAUAAAUAUUAAAAAAAAUUUAUAACAUACUGGUUGAUCCACCUAAUUCUGUCAACUUUAAUAA